AUGGUUGGGGAGGAUUCUAAAUCUGGUAUAUUAUCAGGCAAAGAGGCUCGCAUAGCUCAGUCCACAAAUCACAAGAUUAAUAGAAUGGCAUCGCGAGGGUAUUUCUCUGUUUUUCUCCAUGCUUUUGUGUUAGCAAAUGUCGCAACUUUAGGAUUCUCUCAGUUGUCACCUAAUUACUAUGAUUACUCGUGCCCCAAUGCCUUGAGUACCAUCAAAAGUGUGGUAGAGGCUGCAGUGCAGAAAGAGAACCGUAUGGGCGCUUCAUUGCUACGCUUGCACUUCCAUGAUUGUUUUGUGAACGGUUGUGAUGGUUCAAUUCUACUGGACUCUUCACCCAGCAUAGACAGUGAAAAGAAUGCACGGCAAAAUAAUCAGUCUGCUAGAGGAUUUGAGGUGGUGGAUGAGAUCAAGCAAGCCGUGGAUGCAGCAUGUGGAAAACCAGUUGUUUCUUGUGCAGACAUAUUAGCUGUUGUCGCUCGUGAUUCUGUUGUUGCGUUAGGGGGGCCAACCUGGGAAGUAAAACUGGGGAGAAGAGAUUCAACCACAGCAAGUCGUGCAGCAGCUGAAGCUAACAUUCCACUGCCAACUCUUAGUCUUUCUGAACUCAUCACCUCAUUCAGGAUCCAUGGUCUUGAUGAGAAGGAUCUUGUUGUUCUUUCUGGAGGUCACGCCCUUGGAUUUGCACAUUGUGCUACCUUUAGGGGCCAUAUCUACAACGACUUCAACAUCGAUCCCAACUUCGCACAAUAUCUCCAAUCCAUUUGCCCUCGAAAUGGUGGUGACGAAAACCUUGCUCCCUUGGACUCAACAGCCACGAACUUUGACGUAUCCUAUUACUCUAAUUUGGUUCAAAAGAAAGGGCUUCUACACUCCGAUCAAGAACUCUUCAAUGGUGGUUCUACUGAUGGACUUGUCGAACAAUACAGCUACAAUACCCAAGCUUUCUUCGCAGACUUCGGGGAUUCCAUGAUUAAGUUGGGAAAUAUUCAGCCCCUUACUGGCGAUCAAGGUGAAGUUCGUGUUAAUUGCAGGAACGUGAAUUAUUAUUGA